AUGCAAAUCUUCGUGAAGACCCUGACUGGCAAGACCAUCACCCUCGAGGUUGAGUCCAGCGACACCAUCGAGAACGUGAAGCAGAAGAUCCAGGACAAGGAGGGUAUUCCCCCCGACCAGCAGCGUCUCAUCUUCGCCGGCAAGCAGCUCGAGGACGGUCGCACGCUCGCCGACUACAACAUCCAGAAGGAGUCGACUCUCCACCUCGUGCUCCGCCUCCGUGGUGGUAUGCAGAUCUUCGUCAAGACUCUGACCGGUAAGACGAUCACCCUCGAGGUCGAGAGCUCCGACACCAUCGAGAACGUGAAGCAGAAGAUCCAGGACAAGGAGGGUAUUCCCCCCGACCAGCAGCGUCUCAUCUUCGCCGGCAAGCAGCUCGAGGACGGCCGUACCCUCGCCGACUACAACAUCCAGAAGGAAUCGACUCUCCACCUCGUCCUCCGUCUUCGCGGAGGCGGCAAGAAGACCAAGUGCUGCUUCGGCGAGUGCUCCAAGCGCGUCGUUCUCAUCACGGGCGAUUGCCGCUUCUGCCAGUCGCAGUUCUGUGGCUCGCACCGCCUCCCCGAGGAUCACGCCUGCCAGAGCAUGGACUCGUGCCGACAGGCGGCCUUUGAUCGCAACAAGAACAAGCUCAUGAACGAGAAGUGCGUAAGCCAGAAGGUCGGUGGAGUGUAA